AUGGUUCACUUCCGGACAGACAUCGGCGCGACGAACGAAACGGCCGAUCCAAAUAACGAGAACUAUGCAAAAGAGCUGGAAACCGAUGUUCUGAUCGUAGGUGCUGGCUUCGGCGGCAUCUACCUGAUGCACAAACUUCGUCAGCAGGGCUUUAAAUGUAAGAUUAUGGAGGCUGGUACCAACAUCGGUGGUAUUUGGCACUGGAACUGCUAUCCUGGGGCUCGCGUCGAUUCUCAGGUUCCCAUCUAUGAAUACAGUAUGCCUGAGAUCUGGCAAGAUUGGAAUUGGUCGUGCAGAUAUCCCGGCACAGAAGAGCUCCAACAGUACUUUGAUCACGUCGAGAGAAAAUUGGACAUUAAGAAAGAUUGUGCAUUCAACACCAGGGUCGUCGGCGCGCAGUUCGACAAGCCCUCAUCAAAGUGGGUCGUGAAGACGGAAGACGGCCGAACAGCGCGCUGCAAAUACUUCCUUUUGGCCCUAGGUUUCGCGGCGAAGCGUCACUUCCCCGAUUGGCCAGGUAUGGACAAAUUCGAGGGAGAGAUCCAUCACAGCUCAUUCUGGCCCGCAUCCGGAGUGGACGUCAAGGGCAAGCGUGUUGCUGUUAUCGGAACCGGGUCGACUGGUGUCCAAAUCGCCCAAGAGACCUCGAAGACGGCCGCUAGUAUAACGCAAUUCGUUCGAACGCCAAAUCUUUGCCUGCCCAUGCAGCAAAAGCCUCUGACAAAAGAGGAGCAGGACAAGCGAAAGCAAGGAGAGUACCAGGAGAUCUUCAAGAGAAGACUGACAACGUUCGCUGGCUUCCAGUACGAUUACGUCGAGAAGAACACGUUUGACGACUCGCCCGAGGAGCGCGAAGCGUUCUACGAGAAGAUGUGGGAGAAUGGCGGUUUCGAGUUUUGGCUGGCGAACUAUAAAGAUCUGUUGUUUGACAACAAAGCCAACCGCGAAGCCUACGACUUCUGGGCUAAGAAGACGCGCGCCAGGAUAACAGAUCCUGAGAAGCGUGAGAUCCUUGCACCCCUGGAGCCCCCGCACCCAUUCGGUACAAAGCGACCAAGUCUGGAGCAGGACUAUUACGAGAUGCUCGACAAGCCUGAGAACAAAGUGAUUGAUGUGAACAAGACACCGAUCAAGGAGAUUACCGAGAAGGGUAUUGUGUUGUCCGACGGCACGCUACACGAAUUCGACGUCAUCGCUCUCGCGACCGGCUUCGACUCAGUAACAGGCGGAAUGAAGAACAUGGGACUCAAGGAUGUUGAUGGUGUUGAACUCUCCGAGAAGUGGAAGAACGGUACCUACUCGUACCUAGGAAUGAGCUUGAGUGGAUUCCCUAACUGCUUCUUCCUGUACGGCGCCCAGGGUCCGACGGCGUUUUCCAACGGACCCACGUGCGUUGAGGUCCAGGGGGACUGGAUCGUGGAUGCCAUGAUCAAGCUUCGAGAGCAGGGCAUCAACUACUGUGACCCGACACACGAAGCGGAGAAGGAAUGGCGGGAAAAGAUCGCCGAGCUUUCCGACAAGACACUGUUCCCGCAGACCAAGUCAUGGUACAUGGGCGACAACGUUCCCGGCAAGCUUCGAGAGCAGUUGAGCUUUGCGGGCGGGUUCCCACUGUAUACUCAAAUGACGCGGAGUGCGCUGGAUAAUGGCUUCGAGGGUUUUGUCACUGCGUAG